AUGCUUCUCCGUUUCGUGCUCCUCUCUUUGGCCCUCUUCAACGUAAGUUGACAGUUUCGGAGCUUUCCCAGAGCAAAUAAUUUCCAGUCGUGCUCGGCUGGUCCGGCCGCCAACUUCGCGACCCAUCAGAUUAUGGACGUCGUCGAAUCCUCCGUGAGAUCGGGCAACCUCGAGCCGAUUCUCUUCCUUCUUGACGCCGAUUUCAACUACAGCAUGUGCGGAUACGUCGGAAACAAAGCCACUUUCCAGGGGUACAUGAACAGUCAGAUGAGCUCGUUGGUUGACAUCCAGGUACAGAAUGCCUAGUUCCACUUUCAAACUUACAUAUUCCAGUUCCUGACUGACUUCGACAAUGCGUCCAUCGAGGAGAAGGACGGAAAGGAGUACCUGACUUUCCACGUGGACACCAAAGCCAUCUACAUGGACCGUACCCGCGUGGAAGGCGGCGCCACCGUGACGGCGGCCAAGAAGCAGUACGGCGCCAUGUUCUACAUCUCGAACAUCGUGCAACGCUGCCGCAACACCGUCAAGAGACACCACCGUCUGUACCGCCUGUUCACCAACGAGAACCUCUACGACUACCGGAAGAAGUAA